UCCUCUCCCAGCGAGAGCAGCCCCACGACCUCGGCAGAGUCCACCAUGGGCUCUUCCUCCAAUCCCAGCGAGAGCAGCCCCACGACCUCGGCCGAAUCCACCACAGGCCCCUCCGCCUCUCCCAGCGAGAGCAGCCCAACGACCUCGGCCGAGUCGACCACGGGAACCUCUUCCUCUCGCAGCGAGAGCAGCCCCACGACCUCGGCAAAGUCCACCACGGGAACAUCCUCCUCUCGCAGCGAGAGCAGCCCCAUGACCUCGGCCGAGUCAACCACGGGAACCUCCUCCUCGCCCAGCGAGAGCAGCCCCACGACCUCGGCCGAGUCGACCAUGGGAACCUCCUCGUCUCCCAGCCAGAGCAGCCCCACGACCUCGGCCGAGUCCACCACAGAAACCUCUUCCUCUCCCAGCCAGAGCACCCCCAGGACCUCGGCCGCGUCCACCACGGCAAGAGCAGUCCCAUGA